CCAACCACAGCAAUCUUUCUGGCCACUGCAUCUCUAUUGCUGCGAAAUCAGCUUCAAAGACACCCUACUUCUCCAUUUUGGGGUCUUUCUCUGUCCUUAGGCUCCACAAGCAACCGCGACACAGAUCGACGAGCCACUCGCUGGAACUAGCCGCGGAGCGGGUAUUUAUCCGGCUCAGCCACCCGCGCGCUAGGCGUGCCGGCCGGACRCCGGCAGGCUGCGGGGACGUUCGCGGCCCCGCGCCAGCGCGCAUUCAUAGGGCCGCGGCCGGGCACCGUCCCAACGCCGGUAGUCGAGCGCCGACCCAGCUCCGCGCCUGGCAGGCCGCGCUCCCCAGCUGGUAUGUCGUGGCCCCAGCUCCGGCGCCCGCGCCUCCUCGCUCGCGCGCCCYGCGGCGACCCGAGGCUUGCUCUACUGCUCUUGUUGGCGCUGGCGCCGCUGCUCUCGGCGGGGACCCACUGCCCGUGCUCGGAGCCCGAGCUCUGCAGCCCGAUCCAACACCGCCCGGACUUUGAGGUAUUUGUAUUUGAUAUUGGAGGGAAAACUUGGAAAUCUUAUGACUGGUCACAGAUUACAACUGUGGCAGUUUUUGGAAAAUAUGACUCAGAACUUAUGUGCUAUGCUCAUUCAAAAGGAGCCAGAGUAGUUCUGAAAGGAGAUGUAUCCAUAAAGGAUAUCAUUGAUCCUACUUUCAGAACAUCCUGGAUAGCUCAAAAACUGGAUUUGGCCAAAACACAAUAUAUGGAUGGAAUUAAUAUAGAUAUAGAGCAAGAAGUUACUUGUUUAUCACCUGAAUAUGAUGCAUUAACAGCAUUAGUCAAAGAAACCACAAACUCUUUCCAUCGUGAGAUUGAGGGAUCACAGGUAACCUUUGAUGUAGCUUGGUCUCCAAAAAACAUAGACAGAAGGUGUUAUAAUUACACUGGAAUUGCAGAUGCUUGUGACUUUCUGUUCGUGAUGUCUUAUGAUGAACAAAGUCAGAUCUGGUCAGAAUGUAUUGCAGCAGCCAAUGCUCCCUAUAAUCAGACAGUAACCGGGUAUAGAGACUAUAUCAAGAUGGGCAUUAACCCUAAAAAACUUGUGAUGGGUAUUCCUUGGUAUGGUUAUGAUUAUACCUGCCUGAAUCUUUCUGAGGAUCAUGUUUGUACCAUUGCAAAAGUCCCUUUCCAGGGCGCUCCUUGUAGUGAUGCUGCAGGACACCAGGUGCCCUAUAAAAUGAUCAUGAAGCAAAUAAAUAGUUCUAUUUCUGGAAGCCAAUGGAAUAAAGAACAGAUGGCUCCUUAUUAUAACUACAAAGAUCCUGCUGGAUAUUUUCAUCAAGUGUGGUAUGAUAACCCUCAGAGCAUUUCUCUGAAGGCAGCAUAUAUACAAAACUAUGGUUUACUGGGCAUCGGCAUGUGGAAUGCAAACUGUCUUGACUACUCAAAAGAUGCUGUGGCCAAACAGCAAACUGAAGAAAUGUGGAAAGUCUUAAAGCCAAAGCUGUGACAGAGAAAAACAUCUUGUUAAACUCUGAAGAUUUAAAAAUUAUCUGUAUAAAUAGAUCUGUUUCCUGAAGAGAUUAAAAAAUACAUGCAUUUUUGUUAUGUUGCUAUAUAUUUAGUUACUAAUAUACUGAAAAAAAAACAGAUAAAGAAUAAAGAAAUGGUUUGAUGGAAUUUGAAAAAGAAAGAAAUAAAAAUCUUAAAUACCCAGAAACCUAAAGGCAUGAAACAAAUCAAACUUACAUGUUAAAUCUUCCUCUUUAGUGUGUUUCAGCAUUAUAAUUAGGAAAAAUUGCUUUCAAAAUUUUAUUAUGCUAAUUUUACUCCAAUAUUAAAAAUAUGAGUCAAUUCUAGUUUUAAAAAUAUAUAUAACUUGAAGUAGAAAUUGUUUGCUUAGAAUAGAGUUUUAAAAACAUAGCCUUUGAGAAGCAGUUUGUUUUGUACUUUUUUUCCAAUAAAUUUUAAACAUGGAAUUCAGUGUCUUCUGUUUAGGUUCAUCAAAAUGAUGAAAAUAAUUUUUCUGCUUUCUGAUUCGAUAUAGUACAUACUCAUAUUCUCUGAGGUAUCUGAAAUAAUGUCAACUUCCUGACAGUGAAUAAAGAAAAAAAAGAAAUACUAAGAAUUAAAUGUAUUCACAAAAUACAAAACAGAAGAUAACAGUAAUAUUGUGAAUUAGUAAUUUAGAGCUACUUAAUAUUUUCCAAACCAAUUAUUUUUUAUGAGGCUUAUGUGCGGAAUGUUUUUACAGUAGGAAUAAUGGUGUUGAACUUGACUCUAGUCACUAUUAUUUGAACUUCCAAUUAUUCAGAUACCUUCAUUUAUGAACGUGUAGAAUUUAUUUCUUGGCUAGUUUUCAAGGUUAAAAAUUUCUUUUUCUGCAUCUGCAUUUUACUUUUAAUUAUCUAAAGAUGUUGAGUUCUCAACUAGUUCCUUUUUCUAAAAGAUUAAUUUUAUGCAGAGGACUUUCCUAAACAUAAAGAAAUCCGUUUUCUUUCAUAAGGUAAUUAAGAAUUUCAUUGUGCUGCACUGGUUCCUGUGAAUAGAGAUUAGAAUUUUGUAUCCUGGAACUCUAGAUUUAUAUUAAUCCUGUCUUUCCAGCACAUCAUCCCUUCCAAAUUGAAAUAAAUGAUGACUCAACCAUCUUUUACAAUAUUACUUUUCCUUCCUAUAAGUUGUUUAUUACAGAAUAAAAUUAACCUAUUAUGUAUUAAAUUACUUCAUGUUUCUAAAAGAA